AUGAGAGAGAGAGACUCACCCCCAUUUUCCCCCAGACGCCAAACAUGGCCUCCAUCAACAGCCUCACCACUCCUCAGACUUUCCUCUCUCUCCCCAAACCCAAGUCCUGCCUAUGUUUUCAACCAAAGCCCACCUCCAAAAUCCAAUCUUUUCCCCACCCCUUCAAUCUCUUAUUGUCAAAGCAUCAUAAAGACUCCAGCUUUAUAGUAGGUUCGGUGUCCAAUGAGCCAGACAUCAUCCCAGUACAGAGCAGUGACUACACUGAUCAACAAGAUGGGGUUCUUGGGGGGAUUGUAGAGAUAGAAACAGAAGGGCUUAGUGGAGAAGAUAUUGUAAAUCAAGUAGUGAAUGGGUUUAGUAACAAAGGGAGAUUGUCUUUUGAGGCUGCAACAUCAUCUUCUGGAUAUAGUGGUGGUGGUGGAACAGGGUCCAGUGUGGAAGGUGAAAAGGGGGAGCAGGAAAUGGAGAGGCUAAUGGAUAGUGCUAUUAAUGCUUCCAUUGUUCUGGCUGCUGGGACAUUUGCUGUUACUAAGUUGCUCACGAUCGACAGCGAUUAUUGGCAUGGAUGGACACUUUAUGAGAUUUUGAGAUAUGUACCGCAACACAACUGGAGUGCGUAUGAAGAAGCUCUUAAAACAAAUCCAGUUUUUGCCAAAAUGAUGAUAAGUGGGGUCGUUUAUUCUGUUGGUGAUUGGAUUGCACAGUGUUAUGAAGGUAAACCUCUUCUUGAGUUUGAUAGAGCACGCAUGUUCAGAUCAGGUCUUGUUGGCUUUACCCUACACGGAUCACUUUCUCAUUAUUAUUAUCACUUCUGUGAGGCUCUUUUUCCCUCUGAUGAUUGGUGGGUCGUUCCUGCUAAAGUAUUGUUCGACCAGACCUUUUGGUCUGCAGUUUGGAACAGUAUCUAUUAUGCGGUUGUGGGAGCUUUGCGUCUUGAAUCCCCUGCCAGUAUUUUUGGCGAAUUGAAGGCGACAUUCUGGCCCAUGUUAACUGCAGGUUGGAAGCUGUGGCCAUUUGCUCACCUUAUAACCUAUGGUGUGAUCCCAAUUGAACAAAGACUUCUUUGGGUUGAUUGUGUGGAGCUUAUUUGGGUGACAAUACUCUCAACUUAUUCAAAUGAGAAAUCAGAAUCUAGAAUCUCUGAGCAAGCAGCAGAAGAAAAUGUCAAUCCUGCAUCAAUAAGCACUCCGAAGGACUAAAUGAACGGAGGACCAGAGGCAAGAAGAAGGGACGAAGAAGAGUUGUCCCAUUCCUCUAGUAAAUUUUGAACGAUGAAAUUUUGACAUCAAGGAUUAUGGCUGCUGGGGAAAUAUGCAUCCAUUGAAUUACCAUGGCAGGGGAAGAUGACAGUAGUAUAAACUUCAAUUUCCAUUGUAAACAACAUUGUGUAUGUAUAGCCCUUCUUGUAAUUCCCCAUCGAAAUAUGUAAUCAGUCACUUGGCCAGGGCUAUAUAUCAGACUCCUACAUUGGUAUAUAUAUAAUCUGUUGUAGUUCGUGUUAAAAACAAGUAAUAAAAAUCUACUUGUGAUUUGUUACAUAACACACAAUAAA